AAUGAUGUUAAGGUUCAUUCGGUCAAAGUCCAUUUCAUCUAUCAGCAAGCAGUUGGUGACCGGUGAAGUCCCAAUAACCAAGGCCCUUCUAGAAAACUCUCUAGAGAACCAAGAUUUCCAUGAGUUGAAGAGCAUUUUGAAGGCAAACUCAAAACUAUUGACUACUCCAGUCAAAAACGAGUUGUGUAAUUUGAUACCCAAUGAUUUUUCCAUCUAUUAUUUGUUGAAGGAUCAUGUAUUCACAAAUGAGCAACUAGCUAAUCUCAUAAAACAUAACCCAGAAAGAGUCGACACAUCGUGGGAAUUGUUCCACCGUCAUGGUAAUGGUCACAAUGACCUGGUGAGCCAGGAGCUCAUUACAAAACUUAUUCGGGAGCCAUCAACCGGAGACUGGGCCAAGGUGCUUUAUCUCUAUCACCAGUUAUCCAAUCCAGGCUCUGUUCGAGAGGUAGUUUUCAACAAGUUGACAGAAGCCAGUCCCCAGCUUUUACCAUACUUUGACUUCCCAGCAUCAUUUCUCACUGAGAAAAUCAAGAACCUCGAUGGUAUCCUAUUCUUCAUAGUUUUCAGUCAACUCUUAGGAACCAACGUAGAGUUGGAAUACUAUCCAAAAGCCAUCGAUAAUUUCAUAGAACUUGAAGAAAAUCCAGAAUUCGUUCAAAGUUAUAAAAGGUUGGCCAAAACAGACAUCUCUUUCCAGGAUCACAGUUUGAAAGAUAUAGUGGAUUACAUCGAGACUAAUAAGUUAGACACCGACCAGAGACCAGAGUCUUUAUUGAUAAGGCUCAAGCUCAUGGAACUAUAUGGAAUGGAGUUCAAGGACUUUGAGACACUUUUGAAGAAGUUUCACCAUUACCAAGCGCACGCUGAUUUCGGGGUCGAAUUCAUUCAAAACAUUAUCAGCCAAGCCUACUGCUUGAAAGCGUUUGAAGAGAAGAACAAGGAUAUUUUUCCUAUUGUUGAUGCUUUACUUUUGGAGAAUAUUCCUAUCAAGCUUCUCCAGUCGAUGAUUUUGAGUUCCUCGGUGUUGGGUACAGAAAGACCACUUGAAAUCUAUAAUAAGUAUAUUCAAGAGGUAAGUGCAAAGCCAAAUGAGUAUACGGGACGUUCGCCAUUUGGACUACUCAAUGAGCUGAUCAUUUUGGCCUUUUUAUACAACAACGACAGAGACUUUGCGCACAUAAUCUUUGAUAAGGUGAGUAUGUCAGGCAAGCUUCUGGAGUCGGAAGUGGCCAUAAUCAAGAAAGUAUUCAAAGUUUAUGGCGAUGCAUUCGAGGAAGAAGACAGGUGGGAAAGUGCUCAGCCUAAGUUACAUCUGUAUAUAGCCGGAGUGAUCAGGGAUUUGUAAGGUUGAAAAACAAUUUUUUGGUCCUCUGGACAAACAUAAUAUUAAUAGUGCAAUUGCUAA